UCGCCUGUGACAUCAAGAUCAGAGUCUUGGUCUUGGUAGUCAUAACAACAACAAGGCGCAGACGAGCCGCUUAUUAUUAUUUAUUAGUGUUGGCGCUCCCUUGCCCUUGGUCACCUAUACACUUCCGGCAGAGGAAGAAGGCAGUAUCUGCUCUCAGUCCAACUUGUGGCAGAGGUAUCGUGGUAACCUGGCAACAAAGUAGCUUCAGUAAAUCUGAAGCAGACAAGUGAAGAGCUAUUUAACCUCCUCCGGUUGGCCUACCAUGGGGAAAAGGAAAGACAGGGAAUACAAGGAGUCUGGGGACCCCCAUGCAGAUCCUCAUGACUCAGUGGUAGAGACUGUUAAGAAGCCCAAGAAACAUAAGCAUAAAAAGUCUUCAAAGAAAGAAGAAGUGGAGAGGAUCAUCAAUGUGGAGGAUGUGGAAGACAUGGAUAUCUCUGUAGAUGAUGUUGAAGACUCCCCAUCACAGACUUUGAGGCUCAAGAUAAAAAUUGCUGACUCAUCACCUGACAAAAUGAACACAUCCAAGGGAGUCAAGGUGAAGACUGAGAAGAACAAGAGUUCCAGUAGCAGUAAGAAGAGCAGCAAGAAGAAAGAUGGUAAAGGAGAGGACGACACAGACAGUGAGGAGGAGCGAUGGCUGGAUGCCAUUGAGUCAGGCAAGCUGGAGGAGGUUGAUGAUGAACUGAAAAGAAUGAAGAACCCAAGGCUGAUGACAGCACGGCAGCGAGCCAUGCUGGAGAAAGAGAAGAAGACUGACGGCACAGACGACACCUUCCCUGUUAUUCCAGCCGAGCCUCUUCUCUCCCUGCCCUCAGGCUUUAAGGAAAAAGUUGUUACAAAGGAAAUGUUAGCCAAAAAAGCCAUCAAGACUCAAAAGAGAAGAGAACAGGCUCAAGAGAAGAGGGAAGAAGAUAAGAAAAAAACUGUUGAUCGUCUCCUGAAGAAACAAGAUUCAAAAAUAGCAAAGGUCAGCCGGAACAGGUCUUCUAAGAAAGCGAUUCCCAUGUUCUCCUACCUGAACAACAAAGACAUGGUGGGCCUCUCAGUGCCAACCUCCUACAGUUUUCCACUGGAGACACAGACUGAGAGAAAAGUCCCAGUGGCAAGGCUGUGUGGGGCUCAGGGCUGCCAGAACACGCGCAAGUACAGUUGCUCCAGAACGGGUGUUUCUCUCUGCAGUCUUCUGUGCUACAAGGCCAACUUAUCAUCUCACAAAAUGUUGCAGGAGGCAGUGUAGCCAGUGCCAAGUCUAUAGAGUAGUGUUAGUAUUUAUCCUUGGAAUCAUACAUCAUCUUCAUCAUCAUCUCACUUAAUAUUUUUCAAAUCUUAAUCUGUUACUGCAUACAGUUGUGAAGCUAUAGCAAAUGCUAACAUAGUUUUAUAGGAAAGUUAUGUCAUGUGAAAUGAAUAUUGAUUUCUACUGAGGACAUAUUGUGAAAUAAUCUUUUGCUGAAAAUUAUGUAAUGAAAUCAGUGGGGAAUCAUUUUUUAUGCACCUUCAUUGAAUAAUCUAAUUACAUAAUCCACUUUUCAUAAUAUAUAAAAUUAUGAGGCAUGUAUGAAAAUGCAAAGAAAGUGUUUGCUCGUCGAUGUGCCGCAGGUCUGCCGCCAGUAGACCGGCGGUCUGCGGCCGGUCUACCACCGACUGACCUGCUGCAGUCACCGGUCAGAGAAAUCGAAAAUCGUACAUGGUCACUGGUCUACCGCCGGCUUACUGGCGGUAAGCCGCCAGUCUACAGCAGGCAGACUGGCGGUAAGCCGCCGGUCCCGGGAUUAUUGCCUAUUUUGUCGGCGGUCAGGCCCCAAUCAGCUUAUCGGGAGUCAUCGGGGAUGAUUGGGACCGGGACCGGGAAUGUGUGAGAGCCCCUUAAGGGCUUCAGUCAGGACAUGACCUGACUCUCGCUUCCGCCCCUCCCUCCCCACAUCCUUUCCAUUUCAUCUUCUGUGUGUGUGUGUGUGUUUACCUAGUUGUAAACACACACACACACAGAAGGGGAAAUGAGAAGGGUGUGGGGAGGAAGUGGCAGAAGGGAGUCAGGUCAGGGUUUUGGUCAGGAUAUGACCUGACUCACUUCUGCCCCUCCCUCCACACACCCUUCCCAUUUCCCCUUCUGUGUGUGUGUUUGUGUGUGUGUGUGUGUGUGUGUGCGCGUGUGCAUUUGUGUGUGUGUGUUCAUAUAAUCUAAUGGGGAAGGAGAAAGGGAGGAAGAGCGAUAGAGUGAGAGAUAAGACUAAAGAUAAGAGGGUGUGAGAAAGGAGGAAACAAGGGAAAUGAGUGAAGGAAAUGGGACAGGAAAAGAAGAGGUAGGUAGGGAGGGUCAGGUUAAUGUGAGGAAAGAGGGGGAGAGAAAGGGUGUGAGUGGGAGGGAAAGAGAUUAAAAGAGAGAGGUAGGGAGGGUCAGGUAAAGGUGAGGAAAGAGGGGGAGAGAAAGGGUGUGAGUGGGAGGGAAAGAGAUUAAAAGAGAAAAACUGGGAGGGAGGGGAAAGGAAAAGAAGAAAGAAAUGAGAAGGAAGGAGAAAAAUACGGGGACGGAGAGGGAGAAGAAAGAAAGGAAGUGGGGGAGGAGUGAACCAGGGAAAAGACUAACGGCGCAAUAGGCCGCGACGGAAAAAAUAAAAAAAUAGGUGGGUGACGUAGGUGCUUAUUUAGGUGUUUUCCUAAUUACAUUGAUUUAUAUUGUUUUAUUUUUGGGGGGCUAGAAAAUGCUUAUUUUACCGUAAAAUCCCGUGAUAUAGCGAAAAAUCCGCGAUACGAUACAAUUUAAAAAUCCGCGAUAAGUGAACCGCGAUAUAGCGAGGGAUUACUGUAUUUUGAAUUUAAUUUGUUGAUAUGUGUACACCUUUAUCAUCAUCUGAUUUUGGCAUGCUAUACCUUUCUGGAAAGCUCCAUGUCUAAGCUAUAACAUAGUGAAAUUUCAGGUCACUAGGUCUGUUUUUAAAGGAGCUGCCUUGUACAGGCCUACCGGCCUCUUGUAGACUCCUGCGUUCUUAUGUUUUAGAGCCAAAAUCCAAAACCGAAGCUAAAUCCAUAUGAAAAAGUUAGCGGUUAGCGUUAGCUUCCACUAAUUUCUUUGUUGGUUUAUCGUUAGCGAAGCUAAGUUUUCAGUUAGUGGAUCACCAGUUAGUGAAGCUAACUUUUCGGUUAGUGGUGCCCACCACUGGUUAAAAGAGAUAUGACAAUGCCUCCCUGAACUAUUUUUACUUGAAACACUUGUCAAAAUUUUUAUAUGACCCUUUCUGACUCCCUACUUGACUUCUAUGGGAAAGAAAGUUACAAAUGAUAAGGAAAGUGAAAUGUAUUGCAUGAAAGGACUCCCAAACUAAGAUCCUGUGCAGUGUUGGGUGAUAUUGGAUAAGGAAAUAAUAAUAGUUUGCUGCUAUGAAAUAUUUGUUUUA